CUCCGAACAUGAUUAAUCGGCAAAUUAUGUUAAUUGACUUGACUGAAGUGUUCUGAAUUCGUUUCGUGUCGUCGUCUUCUGUGCUUCUGUCGUGUGCCUCACAAAUUAAAUUAAAGAAAUUCUCCAAAGGAGUCGGACGGCGAGAAAAAUUUUCAAUUGGAAGAAACAGAGAAGCCGUCAUCGUGUGAUCGACCCUAAUAAAAGUUAAUCAACCAAUCAUCACGAAAACGCAGGGAGGACUGUUCACAGCAACAGCAAAACGAUGAGACGGAAAUAUUUGGGAUUAUUUUCGGUUCUUUUGGUAUUGAACUUUGCUUAUUGUCAACAAGAGUUUGUCGAUGGAUAUGAACCCGAUUCGGAGGAAAUUCUGGGUGACGACGAUGUUGCUACCGUUGAGAACGUAGAUGAAGAAAUCGUUUACGAAAGUCCAAAAUACGAUGCGAGUAAAUUCCAUUUCGUAGAUCAUUUUGACGAUAUUGAAAAAUCGGAAAAAUCCUGGACUCGUUCUCAAGCCAAGAAAGAUGACAUUGCUGAAGAAAUUGCCAAGUACGAUGGUGUCUGGAAGUUUGAAUCUCCGCAAAGAAUUGUUUGGAAGGAUGACAUUGGUCUCGUUUUAAAAUCCAAAGCCAAACAUGCUGCAAUCUCAUCACCUCUGAAAAAACCCUUCAAGUUUGAAGAUAAACCACUUGUAGUUCAAUAUGAAGUCACAAUGCAGGAAGGUCAAGAAUGCGGAGGUUCAUACAUAAAGCUUUUAUCUUCUGGAAAGAAUACUGAAGAUCUUAAAAAGUUCAAUGACAAGACCCCAUACACUAUCAUGUUCGGCCCAGAUAAAUGUGGAAAUGACAUCAAAUUGCAUUUCAUUUUCCGUCAUGUUAAUCCCAUUAAUGGCUCCAUAGAAGAGAAACACUGCCGCAAACCCAAGGAACGUUUAGAAGAACCAUUCAAAGAUAAAUUGCCUCAUUUGUAUCAACUAAUCGUGAAGCCAGACAAUACAUUCCAAAUAAGCGUUGACCAUAAAGUUAUUAAUGAGGGUUCGUUGCUUAACGACUUCAAUCCGGCAGUUAAUCCACCAAGUGAAAUCGAUGACCCAACUGACAAAAAACCAGAAGGAUGGGAUGAACGUGAAAAGAUUCCUGAUCCAGAUGCAGAAAAACCUAGCGAUUGGGAUGAAGAUGCACCACCACAAAUUCCCGACCCAUCAGCAGCUAAACCCGAGGGUUGGUUGGACGAUGAGCCUGAAAUGAUCCCCGACGCUAAUGCGCUCAAACCUGAAGACUGGGAUACAGAAAUUGAUGGUGAAUGGGAAGCUCCUCUGGUGGAUAACCCUGUGUGUGAGAAGGCUGUCGGAUGCGGACCAUGGAAAGCACCUCUUGUUCAGAACAAGGAAUUCAAAGGCAAAUGGCGUGCACCUUUGAUAGACAAUCCAAACUACCUCGGCAAAUGGAAGCCACGUCGCAUUCCAAACCCUGAUUUCUUCGAAGAUCUUAAUCCAUUUGCAAUGACUGCUAUUUCAGCUGUAGGUAUUGAGUUGUGGUCAAUGUCAAGCGAUAUUUUGUUUGACAACUUGAUCAUCACAGAUGAUAUUGAAGUGGCAAAGGACUUCUCUUCAAAAACCUUCGACAUCAAGAGGAAAUAUAUUGACAAAGAAUCGGAGACAUUUUUGAACAAAAUGAUGCAGUAUUUGUAUGAAAAUCCUUGGGUUUGGCAAAUAAGUAUUGUUCUGCUAGGAACACCGCUAGUAUUUUCCUUGUAUAGACUCAUUAGUGGCUCGAAAAAGGACUCUGCAGAAAAUAAAAAAACCGAUGAAGUUACUCCAGAUGACGACAAUGAGGAAAAGAAAGAUAACCAAACUCAUGCUGAUAAAGAAAGCAAGAAACCAUCUAGUCCCAAAGCUAAGAAGGCUGAUUUAGAAGUUAAGAGCACUCCAGACCAAACACCGCCCAACAGUGCGGCUAGUAGUGAAGAAGAAGAACAGGAGGAGCUAGUUGUGGAGAGAGAAGAGGAAGCUGGAAAGCAAAAUUCCGAAGCUGCCCAAGAGACUGAAGAACGAACAACGCCCCCAGCCGCUGAAGGUACUCGAAAGCGUAGGCCACGCAAAGAUUAGCAAACUUAAUUUCCAGUUGUUUACUUUUUGUUUUCUUAUUUUUUUUAAAUAAGGCUCUAUUUAAAUAAUAUGAAUUUCAAAAGAGAAAACAAAACAAACAAACAAAAACCUAUUGAUAGAUAUUUAUAUACAUUUAAAAUUGAUACAUUUUGUUUAAGUGGGUUAACGAGCAUAAAAUGAAAGGGCAAACUAUGUUUUAUACUAUCUAAACGACAGGUCGUCGCUUUUUAGUAUAUUUACUAUACUAUAUAGACUACUUUAUAAGAAUGUAUUGAUUUUAUAAUUUAAUUUCAUUUAAAUGCAGCAAUUUAGUGUUAGUUUCAAUUUUGAAGUGUUUUUUCAUAGAAUGCUACAAACAAAUAAAAACAAAAUAUUAAACAAACAAAUAAAACCACCAAAUUACAAACAAACAAAAAAAGAAAUUUAUUUAGAAAUGUUUGAGCUGGUGGGUGGGAAAUUUACUAAAAGUUGUCUGACGAUUAGUUUUCUUUUAACUUAAUUUGUGAUAAAUACUUUGAAACACGAAUAAAGCUUUCAAAAAGAACACUA